AUGGAAGAAGACCAAAUAUCAGUUCUCCAGUCUCCUCUGGUUGUAAACCAAGAGAGAAGCCAUGAUUUUGGUGGAGAGGUUAAUCAACAUGAAGGUUGUUGCAGAGAAGAGGUAGUUGAAGAAGUGAAGAAACAGCUAGGCCUAGCCCUGUCUCUUAUAGCAGUUAGCUUGCUGCAGUAUUGUUUAGAGGUGAUUUCAAUCAUGUUCGUCGGCCAUCUCGGAGAAUUGCCUCUCUCCGGUGCUUCCAUGGCCACUUCAUUUGCUUCAGUCACUGGUUUCAGUGUACUGGGAAGUCAUGUCUCUUCAAAAUUUGGAUGA